AUGUUCACGCCACUGAACCAAAAGAAGCUGGUGAAUGUUAGCAUUGUUACUCUCAAGAAGUUUGGAAGGCGGUAUGAGCUAGCUGUCUACCCCAACAAGCUUUAUGAGUACAGAAAUGGAAUGAGAACGCCGCUGAGUGAGAUUCUCCAGACAGAUACCAUUUAUCGGAGCGUAUCCAAAGGAGAAAUAGCUAGACAGGGAGAUUUAGACCUUUUCUGCAGGACGCACGAGGAGAUAGUCCGGGAGAUACUGGACUGUGGAUAUGAGCAGAAGAGUGAAGCAACUCGAGUGUAUGAGCAGGAAAAGACGGAGCGGGAGAUUGUUCAGAUCCUGAGAAACAAGGUGACUAGGGGCGGAAGACACCUCAGUGAGGCCUCUUUAAGAGAGGCAAUAGGCAAGGUACAUAACAUAUAUGUCGGGAAUAGCAAGAAACAAUCCCAGGAAAUACUUAGCAAGUUGGAGAAGAUGGGGUUUGAUAGAGUCGGAGUAAGGGUUAGUGUCGAGAUGAGUGAUAAGGUCGCAGAGUUUGUUAAGCAGAAUGGGGAGAUCCACGAUGGGUAUGUGAUGAUAAGGAGUGACUGCUUUCCAAGAUUCAAGGACAUGUGCGAGAAGGAGAAAGUAAGAUACUUGAUUCUUCGGAGAGAAGAGCCGGAAGAUGAGGAGAUAUGCUAG